UUUAAUUUUAAGGAGACAGUCUGCACUUCCGGCACAUGUGGAAACCAAUCCGAAGAAAUGGCAAACGAAGAUGUCAGCAAAACCGCUUCUGUUGAGGUUCAUUUUGCACAAAGAUUAGCAUCAAACGAGAAGAAGAUCAGAGACAGAGCAAUGAAGAAAUUAAGAAAAUGGCUUGAAUUGAAAUCUUUAACCAAAAAAGAAAAAGCUUUUACUGAAGCAGAUUUCCUGAAGAUAUGGAAAGGUCUCCACUACUGUCUAUGGAUGCAGGACAAAGCACUUCUACAGGAGGAGAUGUGUGCAUUUAUGUCCCGUCUAGUCCAUGUAUUCAGUCAUCCAGACAACACAUUACUGUUUAUACAAGUCUUCUUACAGACAGAGGCCAGGGAAUGGAAUGGCACAGACCGCUGGAGGAUGGAUAAGUUUAUGAUGUUGUUCCGUAAUAUGUUGACACAGUCACUGGAGUUUCUAAAGAAACAGAAAUGGAAAAAGAAUCUUAUUACCAAGUUUACUGACAUUCUGUCCAAUAAGAUAAUGACCAUUAAGGAAGACACUGCACCAGACGGACUAAAGAUACAUUUUACAGAUAUUUACUUAGAUGAACUAGAGAGAGUUGGUGCUGAGGAGUUAGCUCCAGGAAAAGUUUUGAGUUUAUUGGCACCAUUCUCUAAUUAUUUACAGAACUCCAGAAACCCUGUUGUGGUUGGUAGAGUUGUAUCUAGGGUGUUUGAUGCGAUUAUACAACAAACAGUGGAUGAUGCAAUGAUUGCAGCUGAAAAACAAAUAGAGAAAGAAGAAGGAGACAGUGAUAAUGAAGAAAACAGUGACGAAGAAGAAAAAGAAGACACUGAAGAUCCUGAAGAUAUAGAUAUUCCACCUAGACUUCAGUUUGACUUUAAAGCUAUAGCAGACGCAUUGUUCCAGUUAGGCAGCAAUAAAGACUGUGUUAGUAAGAACAGGAACAGAAUCUACAGACUUGUCAAAAGAUUUCAGGAUUUGAAUGAAGGUAUAUUGCCAAAAGAGAAGGUUGAUGAAGAAGAGGGGGAUGUUUUAAAAAAGAAAGAUAUCUCUCUAGCUGUUCAAAGAUUGGAGAAUUUGGAGGUUCGCAAAAAGAAAAAAAAGAAGAAGAAAAAGAAAAACAACUUGCAGGGUGAAAAUGAAGGAUCACAAGUUGGUGAAACAGAAAAUCUCAAUUCUAAACCAGAAACAAAGAAAGUGAAAAGGAAAAAUGGAGACCUGAAUACAGAACCUUCUUUGUCUCCCUUGAAGAAAAAGAAAGAAGUAAAAGAGCGUCAAAUAGAUACAGAAAAGAAAGAAACUAAUCAAGAAAUGAAAAACCAAGCCCUGAGAGUUAGUCCAAAAUUAACAUCAGCAAAGAAGACAGGCAAACAGAAGAAAAAACUAAAUAACAUGCAUGAAGCUUCGCCAGAAAUAAAAGUACAAGGCAGCAAAAUGAAAUCUGAUAUAAAGAAAAUUGAAAUCAACGACAGUAUCUCAUGUUCAGCUCAGAAAGGCAGCAAUAAUAAAAACACUGACACAGAUCAAGUUGACAAUAGUGUUAUUCUAGAUUUAUCUCUUAUUACUUCAGCAAAGAAAAAGAAAGGAAACAAAUAUAAUGCUACAUCAAUAUUGUCAGAGUCCAUGGGAGAUAACUCUACACCAUCAAAAAGUAAGCACAAACUAAAUGACAAGUCUUUUGAUCAAAGUAUGGCUGAAGUAUUUGACAAUGUUAGUCAUGACAAUUCCAACAAAACAAAGAAUGAACAGGUUAUUACAGUGAAAGCUAAGAAAAAAAGAAAAAGCUCUGUGAAUAUAGAAGAAUCAGUGAUGGAAGAGAAAAAUGUUUCGACUCCAUCGUCCAAGAAAACUCCAAAAAGUAAAAAUUCAGAAGCGAAAAUGAUGAAACUGAUAGAAGAGAGUAAAAGUAACAGUUCACCAAAAUCUGAAGGAUCAGGGUUUGCUAAGUUUGACACAUUGAUGAAGACGCCACCUGCCUUUGUUAGAAAAUCUGUCAACAAACUGAAAAGACCAAAGUCGGCCAUCAAAAAGCAAACAUUGGAAGCUCCUACCUCCUGUCCUCCAGAUUCAAAGAAAAAAGUCAUCUUCAACAUGAAGAAAAAUGAUUCAAUAAGUUUUCAGGACAGUAUAAAGUUCAGUCCAGGAGUCUUUAAUCCAACUAAAACAGCAGACCAUGGAAUUCUGAAGACACCAUCACCAGCCAUGACUCGCAGUCAGUCUUUAAAGAAACGUAGAGCAUCAACUGGAGUUAUUAAAAGGCCAAAAGCAGCAGAUUUCUUUUAAAACUGACAUUUUAGUGAAGAUCUGAACUUUGAUAGAAAUCUUUAUGUUGAUAUUCUGUUCAGCUACAUUCAAGAUAGCACAAGAUUCAUGUUGAUUAACCAAAGUUUGUACUCUGUAUGAAUUUAGAAUUCCAUCUUCAGUAUUUUUAAUUAUUUAAUAUGUUCAUGAAAGAUGCAAAUCUGUAUCUAAAAAGAUUAAUAAAAGAAAACCUGAAAAAAUUAAUCCACAUACUAUUUUCAAAUAUUGAAAUCUUGCAAAUAAUACAUUUUCCAUAUCCCAUAUAACUGUUCUUAGAAAUUAAGAUUAAUCACAUUUGUGCCUGAAAUUUAAAUGCAGUUAAGUCUCAUUAUCUUUCAAACUUGUUGAACAAAUUUUUAAUGAGUUGAAAUUCAGCAGUGGACAGCAAGUAUCAUAUAGUUUUAAUCCUGUUGAGUUGAAAUUUGUAUAUGACUGCAAAAAAUUUUUUGGGAUCGUAUAAUGGUAUGAUGUUGUCUGCGUCGUCUGUGUCGUCGUCCGAAGACACAUUGGUUUUCGGACAAUAACUUUAGUUUAAGUUAAUGGAUCUCUAUGAAAUUUUUUAAGAAGGUUCAAUACCACAAAAGGAAAGUUUGGUUUGAUUUUAAGGAUGAUGGUCCCAACCGUUGAGAAAUUAGGGGCCCAAAGCAAACAUUUUUCUAGUUUCAGGAUAAUAACUUGUGUAUAAGUAUUUCGAUUGCUCUGAAAUUGUACAACAAUGUUUAAUACCACAAGUAGAAGGUUUGGAUUCAUAUUAGGGGUUAUGGGGCCAACAGUUUAGGAAUUAAGGGCCUAAAAGAGCCAAAAACAACAAUUUUUGUAGUUUCCGGACAAUAACUUGUGUGUAAGUGUAUGAAUCUCUCUGAUAUUGUAUCAUAAGGUUCCAUAUCACAAAGGGAAGGCUGGGAUUGAGUUUGGGGGUAAUUGCCUCAAACAUGUAGGAAUUAGGGGCCAAAAAAGGGCCAAAAACAUGCAUUAUUCUAGUUUCCAAACAAUAACUUGUGUUAGAUGUGUAUGGAUCUCUCUGAAAUUGUACUACAAGGUUCCAUACUACAAAGGAAAGAAUUGGAUCGAGUCUUGGGGUAAUUGCUCCAAGGGGGGAUUCCAAAACUCGGGGGUUCGACCUCUGCGGUCGUAUCAGGCUGCGCUCAGCGAAGCAUUUUAUAGUCGUUUGAAUGAAAGUCACUAUCAAAGACCAUCAAAAGGUUAACAAAUUAUUAGAUUUUUACUUAUGAUCUAGCAUCAAUGAACAAUGUCAAAAAAGAUCACCUUUAUAAUAUCUGGUUGAAUACUGUUAUGACUUGUUAUAUUUUUAUGGGGUAUCUAUUUUAAUUAUUUAAUUUACUGUCAUCAUAAUCAUACAGUAUAUCAGUUAAGUUCUUGUGUACACUUAAAACUGAAUGCUUUUUUAAAUUUUAUAUAAGAAACUUCUUGAAUAAGCCACAGUAUAACGCAUGGUUUUUAGUAACCGUAGGUUGACGAAUCAGAUUACAUCUACUGGGGCCAUGAAUUAUGUUACUGCAUUUUCCUAUUUGUUAAUGACGGUAAUGAAUUAUACCAAAACUGUUAUUUAUGCAAUGUAAUUGAAAUAUAAUUUCCUAUAUUAAAGUUAUAUUAUUAA